AAGGCUCAAUCCUCCAACGCAUCGGUUCUACAACAUUGGAUCCCGUCACCCCACCUUGUGUACCGAAGAACAUCUCGAUAUACCAUACAAGAGGAGUCGUCCAAGAUAUUUUGGGCGCUCCCGCACGACGAGCCAAAUUGUCGUCCCCGAUUACAUGAUUUCUGGUAGUGGAGGGGGAGCUGACAUAUUUCUUGCGGCUUUGCCGCCCCGGCCUUCACCAUGGGAAAGAUAGCGAAGACCAUCCAGCCCAAACACAAGGAGACUUUGUCUCCUUGGUUGGAGGAGUUUGUCGACAGUGCGACUUCUACUCCUUUACCUCUCUUACCCACAGUUCUCGCCACAUUCCCUUCACGAUGGCCUUUUCCGAGAGGUGAUUUAUAUCACUGGAUACCCCUGUUGAAUCGGUUUGACGAAAUCUUGGAAUUGUUCUGCUCCACAUACAAGUUAAACGAGGGCCCGCAGAGUAGAGAUUUCGGCUGUGAAGUUCUGCUACAGUCGAGUUCUUCUGACGAUAAUGAGGAUCAAUCGAGCAAAUCGCACAACCUUUCGGAGCUUGGGUACGGUCAGGAUGGCGAUGUGCAUCUCAUCGUAGCUAUCCUGAAGUUCACCCAGAUGCUUCUGGACCACUGCGGAAACCGUAGUAUAUAUGCUAGCAGUUCCUACCUGAACGAUCUCCUCAACAGCACCGACUUCACCGUCCUCUGUGCUACCCUGCGUGUUGGUGUGGAGCUUGCCCAGCGUUAUCAAGCAUCGGUUAAACGCAUUCAUGGGAUGACAACUCGACAAGUGCACACGACUUUACUCUCAAACCACUAUAAUAUCGAUCUUGAUCGUGUGCAGCAGCUUGCUCAGCCUUUCGUUAAGACGCCCGUCUUUAAAUCAUCGGAUAUGACGGUCCUCUCUACACCGGGCUCCGCUGGUAAGAACAGAGACAAGCCAAAGAACAUAGCCACUAUGUAUGCGAACGACUUGUGUGCUCUAGUAAAGGCGGAUUCGACCGAGAACUCAGGCUCACAAACGCGGUGGAGUGGUUGGGGUGACGUGAAACUUACGUACUACCCCACCCAAGACAAUUCUUCUGGACCAACGCAACAGUCCCUACCGGACCGAGGUACCAGCUCUAACGUUCCGUCAACACCGACGCCCCUGAGGCGAAGCAGUACAUCUACUGCGGGUGCGCAACCUGCUUCUCGCGCCAAUCGCCAAGGAGCCUCGGACGAUAGUCCAGCCUCUGCUGCUCGAUCUCCGGCUACAGGACGAGAUGAAAGUAGCACACCCGGUCUGAAGUCUUUAGAGAUAUCCCAUGGCUCGGUAACCUCUGCAUCCAUAUACCAGCUUAUUUCUAGAGCGCCGGCAGAUCUCCCCAAAGAGGCCAAGUACGAGUUUUUGAACCGACUUAGAGUCGCUAAAGCUCUCACGGGGUCAGUUGAGUCGCGACGCCAAGCACUUAAGGCACGCCUACUAGCCAUACAAAAUUUGGCAUAUAUACACAUAGAACCCACUUUCAUCGAGAAAGUCCUUAGACAAGAUAAUGACGAGCCGCGACGGUUCCAGCUCGUGUAUCAACUCGCAGAAUUGAUCCAUCCUGCUGCCGAUGGCGCCACGUUCGUGCCCACUGAUUUACAGUCCAUUGCCUUCUCAUUACUAGAGGCCAUAUCAGGUUUCCACCAUAAGCUACCCGACAUCUUUUCGGCGUUAAAUGCGUCUGUAAACCACGGCGUGCUCCUCUACGUCAUUAGGAAGGCAGUUGCGGAGAUGAAGACGGAUGAUUCUGGGGAACAAUGGAGCGAAGAGGACGAGUGGCGUGACAAGCUCUUUUCUCUCACACUCCACAUUACAAUGUCUAUGGCUAACAACACAUCGCGUAAUAUGCCUGAAAUAAUUUCGGCCGGUCUUUUGGACAUUAUGGUGGAGAUCCUAAACACCAGAUCCAACAUAGCCGAACGCACAUACGGCACUUUAGUCACCUUCUUAGACAGUCUCGUGUACAAUGUGCAGAGUUCUUUCCAGACAUUGAUCAAUGCCGACGGACUCGAGGCCAUUACAAACCUAGUUACCCAUGAAGUUGAACUUGCAGGAACACUCAUCUCAGAGGACAAAGGGACUCCCACUACUCAUCGUUCUCAGAUUGUUGAUUACGAGAUACCGUUCUAUCAGCAGCAAAACCUCAAGUUUCUUUUGAAGUUCAUCCAUCAUCUGAUGUCUAACGCGUUUGCUUUCGGUGGUAAUACUGACAGACUUUUGAGGAAUCUCGUUGAUAAAUCCGCACUCCUUCGCAGCUUACGCGAUAUUAUCGAGAACAUGAGUAAAUUCGGCUCGCUCGUAUGGACCAAUGCCGUUGUGAUACUUAGUGACUUUCUUAACAACGAUCCUACCAGCUUUGCGGCUAUCUCUGAGGCAGGCUUAGUCCAGUGCUAUCUACAAGCCUUGACAGGUCGCCCGGUACCUACGGGACAACUUGGUGGAACGGAUUCGACUCAAGUGGAAAGGGAAGAUAGCGCUGACUCCCCUUCGGACGACCCUACGGUCGAUGCUCUUGAGCCCGACAAUCGCCCGCACCCUCCUUCGCAAGAGGAAUUAGAAGCGCCUCGCAAUGGCCCACUUGCACGUGGUAUUUUGCCUAACUCAGAACCCAUUACUAUUGUGCCGACCGUCUUAAACGCUAUAUCUUUAAACAACUAUGGCAUGAAGAUGGUUGUUGCGUCGCGCGCAUUUGAUAGUUAUUUCGAGAUAUUCGAGAGCCCCGAGCAUGUCCGAGUAAUGGCGACGGAUGAGCACCUGGCACAAAAUGUUGGAGGCAACUUUGAUGAGCUUGCUCGUCAUCAUCCAUCUCUUAGGCCGGCUAUUGCGAAUGCUGUACUAGAUAUGAUCGCUCGAGUCGCCCACCUCGCCCAUGUCAAGGCUAGAGAUGCCCAAUGGGGAGCUAAGCUUCUCGUGAAAGACUCGCAAGGUCGAGAGGUAAUAGCUAAUGAGGGAUUGUUGAGUGAGCCUCGAGUAGUAACAUCAGAUAAAGGCAAGGGGAAGGCUGUUGCUACCGUCGAUGAUGCCGACGUUGAGAUGACGGACGCGAGCGUACAGCAAACAGAGGAUGAAGAAUCGAUAUCGGACAGCACUACAGUCGAUGCGUCCUCUAUCACGCCUUAUAUCUAUGCAGUUUCCAACUUUCUGUCCCACUACAUCAGUAACACGAGCCUGAAGAUGCUUCUAAUCCAGCAUGGCGGAAUAGAGUUACUUCUUGACCUUAGUACUUCGCCGAGUCUCCCGCAUGACUUUGGGGAUUCUUUAGCAUCUCGCAAUUUGCAAUCAGUUGUGUCUCAGCUAGUUGAGACAUCCCCAAUUCUCGGGUUGCCCUCACUACUAAAGCGGACUCAAGCUGCAAUUGAUGUACUCCAACCGGUUACACAAGCCCAAGAAGCCGGAUCUUACUUCUCGCCAUUCCUUAAGGCUGACGUAAAUCUGGCAGACCAGAUUGAACCUGACAUUCUGGAGAGACUUCCUCAAGGCACCAAGUUAGCGAAAGCACUAUUAAACACCCAGUCUCUUAUCAAGACUCUUUACCAAUGCUUCCCGUUUUCAGCAAGGGCACAGACGGUCACGUUCCAUUCUGUAAACGUCUUUGACUAUUAUAACCGUCUGAUUAAGUCUUUGGGUCCCUUGCUACGCGCAGUCAUUUUGGAAGAGGCAGCCAUUUCUAGCAGUGUACCUGAGAACUGGUCAAGUAGAAGGCCGGGUCAGGCUAUAGACCGACAGGGUGCGUCAAACAUUGCUGCCGCGCCGAGUACUGACAAUGUUGUCACUGCUGAUUCCGAAGAGUCGAGUCUACCUGAUGUUUUAUCAUCCGGUGCUUUGUGGAAACUUGCAACAGCUAAGAAUGGCAGCUCCAAUGAUGGGCCUUCUAAGAUUGAACAAUCAAGCCCACGAUACCAGAAUUACAAGACACUCCGCCUUCUCUUACAUUCCUUGAUGCCGGCCACGUUCCCACUCUUUCAGACACUCGGCAAAGCUCUGUUACCUCGUCGCGAACGAGAUCAAUACUUGCGAGUACACCACUUGCAACUUACCGAGGAGUUAGCUCAGACGAUCCUAGCGCAAUUCGAAUUACCUGAUCGGGAGAAAACGAGCAAGGACUUCCACUAUUGGAUUGUUGUGCUGCACGCAGUACACGAAAUGCUAGUCAAUCGUACAAUUGAGGCUCGUUCAGAUCGACAAUCUGCAACGCAGGUUAUUGCGCCCGUUUUAAUCGCGUUCAAGAAAUAUGGCGGAGUAGAUUUGCUCAACACGAUGUUGCGUACCUUUAAGAGCGAGAUCUGCAAAGAAGACAAGGAUGGGGAGCAGUCGUCCAUGUCUCGGCUUGCUGUCAUUGGGAUGAAGAAGAUUUUGGACUUGUACGCCAUGGCAGUCAACGGCAAGACAAUUACGGACUCUGUGAGCCAGAUCAAUAUUCUUCCGAAAAACCCGAGUUCAAGUUCUGGUGAUCGACGCAUCGAUUCGCAAGUUGCUCCCAAUUUAGUGGUUGAGCUGCGGAUGGCUGUACUUCCGGUAAUGAGAGAAUUAUGGGACUCUCCGUUGGCUGAAAAGGGUUCAGCCCACAUCCUUGCUAAAAUUAUUGGUAUCCUGAAGUCUAUCUCGCUGGCGGAUUCGGAAAGUAAUGCCUAUAAACGUUCUGACAAGAACCCCCCCCCUGAAUAUCUGCAACCUAAGCCAUAUCGUUUUGCCUGGAACGAGAUAGAAGGAGAUAUUUCAACUGUCGUGAGUGCGGUUGACGGCUCGGAGGAUCUCGCAAUGGAAGGUAUCUACAGAGCCAACGGUAACCAAGCUUUGGCCUUGGAGUAUUGUAGAGCUCACUUGGCGGGUUUUGUUCGUACUCGAAACCCCAUUCCUGAGCAGGACAUGCCAGAUAAUAAGGACAACGAGCCCGCCCCCCCGGUAGACCGUGAUGCGCAGGCCGAAGAGGAUAGUAUGGCCUUGGACAAUGACCCGGUCUUGCCGCCUGGUAUUUCGCUCGAGGAUGAUAUUCUCGGCGGGCUAGCGGAAACCGUGGCCCUGUCGGGUGAUGGUGAUCGAGAUACGCCUGUCCCUCCGCUUAUUCCACGGGAUGACAAUGACGCGACAUCUGCAUCAUCUACUCCAGCCCAGGGUCGUUCAACUGAAUCGAUCGCAGAAGAGGAUCAUGCAAAGAGAACAGCUAUAGCUAAAGAAGAUCUAGAUGAAGAACGUGCCAAGCUACGCGAUAACCUCAUUGAUAGAUGUAUGGAUGUCAUAACAGCACAUCCCGACUCCACCUACGAGGUUUCAGAACUGAUUACAUCUAUUAUACUGCGAUCACCCAGUGACGAUACAUCCACGAAAGAAGAAAUAGGCAGGACCUUGACUACCGUUUUGAUAUCUUUCACACUCGACGAGGAUUUGAAACCUAAUGGACGAAGCAUCGCAGCUUAUGCCCACCUUCUUUCUUUACUCCUGCAGGACAAAACUUUCUUCCGAGUGUCUACGGAUAUUUUGAAGGACAAUGUACACGGACUCUUGCGCUUCCUCGAGGUUCCGUCUUCUCCAUCGAACGAUGAAUUAGCACCCUGGAUACCUUACGUACUACUAGUAUUCGAGAUUCUUCUCAGCGAUGACGAGCAGCCAGGGGAGAUAAAGUGGAACCGUCCAGCGUCCGAGGACGAUCCUAUAGAAAAAUUACACUGGUCUCCAAAAGAUCUCAACGUAAAGGAGGAUGAUCGUCAGAUACUCUUGAGCUCGAUUCUAGAAAUUUUACCGCGUAUAGGCAAGGAAGAAUCGUUGGCUGUAUCCGUACUACGGAUCUUGGUUAUAUUGACUCGCGAUCGUUCCAUAGCAAAGUCGGUCGGCGACAAGAAGAACCUCCAGCGUCUAUUCGUUACUGUAAAGCAGCUUUCUGGCGCGGGAUCUCUACGUCUAAACGAGACUAGAAUUGCGUCUCACACAUUGACCAUCCUUCGCCAUAUUGUGGAAGACGAAGAGGUUAUCAAGCAAGUCAUGAGAAGUGAGAUUCGGGCCUACUUUGCUGGUGGCCGAAAUGCACGGCCUCUUGAUCCCGCAGGUUAUGCCAGGAAUUUCUCCCAUGUGGCUCUUCGAGACCCGAGACUAUUUGUCGAGGUUACAAACGAAACGGUAAAGCUUAGCCGCUGGGCCCCUCCAGAUGUUCCGCGUGGGCAAACAAUAGUCCUCAAGGAGCCGAAACCGGAUACCCCGAAGGACGAUGUAGCACCUACCGUUCGUGCCACCGAGGAUUUAACCAUUCAGGAUGUCAAACCGUCUACCGAGAGUGAAGAUAAACAGGUACAAGAUGCCUCCAAGUCUCAUGCGCAGGAUACGAAACGUCCUGUACUUGAGAACCCCGAUGGUGUUGUGCACUUCCUACUCUGUGAGUUGUUGAACUACAAGGAGGUUGAUGAUAAGGAACCAUCCCAAACUUCUAAGGACACGAAGAAGGCUGGUGACCAAGAAUCAUCAGCUGCUGGUACUCCUGAUGCAGAAGAUCGUGCGGCUGAAAGCAAAGAUAAGAAAAACAAGCCAUCCUUCAGGGCCGAUGAGCAUCCAAUAUUCAUCUACCGCUGUUUCCUCCUACAUUGUCUCACUGAAUUGCUUCAGAGCUACAACCGUACGAAAGUGGAAUUCAUUAACUUCAAGAGGAGCGCGCCACUUUUCGCGAACACCCCCGUUAAGCCCCGUUCAAGCGUCUUGAACUAUCUCCUUAAUGAUCUGCUGUACUCAAGUCACAUGGAUGGCGCUUCGGAUACGCUCGUGCAUAAGAAGAAAUACGCCACAUCUAUCCAGACGCAGAACCUCUUAGUCGCUCUUGUAAGUAAGACGGGCGAGAAGCCUAUUGAGCAGGGCCGAGACAAGUACGACUACGAUGACGAGCCUGAUCUGUUAUUCGUCCGAAAAUUCGUACUAGAUACGAUUUUAAGGUCUUACAAGGACGCCGCCACGUCGGGCGAGCCGUUCGAUAGUAGAUAUACCAGGAUGCUUGCACUAGCGGAAAUCAUGCAUCUCAUGAUGGGCGAGAAGGACAAAGAUCCGCCGGUGCCAUCUCGGGGUAAUCAAGACCCCAUUGAAAGAUCUCAAGCUCAAAUUCGGCGCCUCAUGUAUGAGAAAGGCUAUCUUGCCGCGCUUACCUCUUCUAUUGCGGACAUCGACCUUGCCUUCCCACCCGUAAAGAGAACAAUUAAGUAUAUCCUUCGCGUGCUUCGAAUCUUAACCAGCACUGCCAUCCACCUAAGCCAUUCCAACAUAAUCCCGGCCAUAGCGACCCAGGAGAACGCCGAUGAGGAGACAUUCUCAGCCAGCUCACUUUCAGAUAUCGAGGACCGAGAAGAGACUCCGGAUCUUUACCGAAACUCGGCUCUUGGUAUGUUGGAGCCUGGCAGAGAUAGGGAUGGCGACUAUUCAGAAGAUUCAGACGAUGAUGACGACGAGGAGAUGUAUGAUGAUGAGUAUGAUGAUGAUAUCGGAUACGAAUCGGAAGAUCGCGAAGAGGACGUCAGCGAAAGAGAUGAUGACGAGGAUCUAGAAGGAAUGGGUCCCAUCGAGGGGCUGUCAGGAGAUCACGGAGUCAUCGAAGUCACAAUGGAAGAUGACGAUGAUGACGAUGAAGAUAUGGAUGAAGAUGAUGAAGAUGGUAGCGAUGACGACGACGAAAUGGAUUCUGAUGAGAUCGACGAAACAGAUGACCGUAUCGAAAUUGUCGAUGGCAAUGACCAUCUAGAGGACGAUGGAGCCUCAGGUUGGGAAAGUGAAACAGACGAUGAAGGAGAUGAUGAUGAGGGAGAAGAGAUUGACUACGAAGCUGAGGCCCAAGACCUCGAAGAAGCUGCCGAAUUGCGAGACCUUGAUGACGUCGACGGGCUAGGUCGGUUUGGAAACAUUAUGCGUGCUAUCGAAGAAGAAGAUUUUGAUCACGCCGAUGACCUCAAUGGCCGCUAUAUGGAAGAAGGCGACGAGGAUGAGGAUGAAGAUGAAGAGGACGACAUAGAUGAUGAAUACGCAUACGAAGACGAUUUUCCCAAUGACGCGCCGCCUCGCGAUGUUGGGGCACCGAGUCUAGGUUGGGAUACUCUUGUGGUCGAACCACAUGGAGCUAUUCUCGGCCAUCAUCAUCGACAUAGACACGGUACUCGCAGUCCCUUCCCUCCUAUCCCGUUCAUGAUGGGAUCUCGAGAUCCUCUCAACACUUUUGGCGAUCCACGAGGGUUCUCACGAGGUAAUCGACACGACCAACGACCUGCUGGCAACGAAGAUGGGUUGAAUCCUCUGCUUCGUCGAGGUAACGAUACUGGUCGGGAUGGAUCCCCACGCCCCUCUCAUCUCGGAGGGUUGGUUCGCUUGGGAUUCCCUGGUAGCCUAUUUGGUAGCGGUAACAUCGACAGCCCGAUGUCCCUCAUCAAUGAUCUUGUCGCUUCCCUUCCUGCUCAACUAAGUCGCAGUGGACAUGCUUUUCAUUUCCAGAUAACACAGGGACCUCGAGGGGAUGUCCAUGACAUGCAUUUUCCAUUUGCUCCUCUUGUGCGUGAGUCGCGUUCUGACACCCGCCGAGAGACAUACCAAGAACCUACCCAAGCAACUUCGUUCACAACAGAGUCCACGAUAACAAGGUGGACGGAUGAAGUAAAAAUGAUCUUUGGGGCACAGCACACGGAAAAAUCGCAUCGACUUAUUCCAGCAAUUCUCUCUCAUCUCGUGCCACCCGCUAUCCAACACGAGAAGGAGAGUAAAGCUAAAGAAGCAGAACGCCAACGGCAACAAGAGGAAGAGCGCAAGAAGCGCGAAGAAGAAGAAAGAAAAGCCAGGGAGGCCAAGGAAGCCGAAGAAAAGGCAGCCCGAGAGAAACAGGAGGCUGAAGAACGUGAACGAGAAGCUGCUGAAUCAGCCGCACAAACCCAAACAGAAACGACUACCGCUAACGAAAGCGAAGAGGGUGAGCGUGCGGAGCCAGAUGCUAUGGAGGGUGUGGAAACAUCUGAUGAAGCACCUGUUGCGGCAGAUGAUGAAGCGGAUGCGAACCGGCCGCGCGCCUUCACUACGAUUAGAGGCGAACAAGUCGACGUGACAGAAUUGGGUAUUGACCCCGACUACUUAGAGGCCCUUCCCGAAGAAUUCCGGGAAGAAGUCAUCGCGCAGACAGUCAGCACCCGCAGAGCCGAAGCUCGAGAAGCUCCAGGAGGCUCAGGAGAACAAACAGAAGUUUUCCAAGAAUUCUUGGAUGCCUUGCCUGAUGACCUUCGCUUGGAAAUUGUACAACAAGAGCGAGCAGAGCAACGCCGACGAGAGCGGGAAGAGAUGCGUCGACAAACAGCGAUUCCAGGCCAGGUAGCCGAAGCCCAAGACAUGGACACAGCUAGUAUACUAAUGACAUUCCCACCUGCUCUCCGCGAGCAGGUUCUUAUGGACCAAGGCGCGGACAUUAUUGACUCCCUGCCACCCGAUUUAGCAGCUCAAGCACGCCGACUUGUCCGAUCUUCUAAUCCCGUUGCGCACCACGAACGAGCAUCUUCUGGUACCAGUCGUCCACGAGAUGGAGCUCCAGCUAGUGGAAAUACCGAAGCAGACAAGCCUCAUCGAAAGACUGUCGUACAGAUGCUAGACAAACCCGGUGUCUAUACCCUACUUCGUCUCAUGUUCAUCAAUAUGAAAGGCGGGUCACUGGAAAGUUCACUGAAAUACUUAUUCAAGGAUGUCUGCGAAAACCGACAAACCCGAUUCGAGGUAGUUAGCAAUUUGCUUAAGAUACUGCAGGAGGGUUCGACUGAUGUCGAUGCCGUCGAACGAAGUUUCGCUUCGCUUUCUAUCAAAGCAAAGCAGCCUAAGGACAACACCAUCGAUGUUAAGACUCAGACACCCCAAAGCCUGAAACGAACAUUCACAAAUAUCAGCAACAGCAACCCCAUUCAGGCGAGCUCCGAGACAUCUCCUAUUUUAAUUGUACAGCAAUGUCUUGAUCUGCUUUGCUACCUAGCAGAUCAGAACCCUCACGUCCCCUCUCUCUUCCUUACUGAGCACGACGGAGUCAGCACUAGUAGUAUCAAACGCAGUCUCAGCCGUAAAGGAAAGAGCAAGGAUACGAAGGCCAACAAAUACGCUAUCAAUUCUUUACUUGCUCUCCUAGACCGCGACCUCGUUAUGGAGAGCUCUUCUAUCAUGGACAGCCUCUCUCAACUAUUGAGUCGAGUGACGGGCCCGCUACUUGCCUUAGAUCGUAAACAAAAGGAGGCUACGGAAGCUAUCAAGAGCCUCGAUGCACCGCCUACGGAUACAGCAGAGCCAUCUGAAACCACGGCACCCACGGAUUCCGCGGCCGCAGCAGCAUCUGAGCAUCCCGAUACCGCGGAAGGUGGAGAUGCGGACACAGCGGAACAGACGGGUGAACAAACCACAAAUGCUCCUGUUGAAUCGUCGGAAAAUGCGCCGUCGAGAACUUCGACUGUGGAGGCCAAUUCUUCUAAGGCGGCAGAAAAGCAAGCAAUGCUCAAGAGAAUUAGACAGCUCCACCCGCCUGUCAUUCCAGUCCACAACCUAACACUUAUCAUCAAAAUCUUCGUGGCCCGCGAAUGCAGCUCUAAGACCUUCAAGGAGACCCUUUCCACAAUUAAGAAUCUCUCCGUGAUUCCCGGUGCGAUGCUUGUUUUCGGGGAAGAGCUUGCUCGCCAGGCUCAGCUUCUGAGUGAAAAGAUAGUCGUCCAUCUGGAUGAACUAUUACCGCAUAUCCAGAACGCAGCAUCCGGUACAGAGAUCCAAGGUGUUGCUUUAGCCAAAUUUUCUCCUGGCGCAUCUGACCAGAACAAACUUCUUCGUGUUCUGACAGCACUUGACCAUCUAUUCGCCCAGAAGAAAUCGGAUGCAGAAGGUACUACUUCGGACGAGACCAAGAAACAAGACUUACUCGCCACGCUUUACCGCAACCAGACCUUCAACGCCUUGUGGGAGAAGUUGAGUGCCUGCCUAAGCGCCAUCCGCCAGCGUGAAAGCCUACUUAAUGUAGCCACUAUUCUACUACCUUUGAUAGAGGCGCUGAUGGUUGUCUGCAAGGACACUGCCCAAAACGAGACGAGUUCCCAAGCGCAGGCAAGCAAGGAGAUGGUGUUAUCGAGUCCCCAACCGGAGUCUCAUCUAGCUGGUCUUUUCUUCACCUUCACGGAAGAGCAUCGCCGAAUCCUCAACGAACUCGUACGUAACAACCCAUCACUAAUGAAGGGUACAUUCUCGCACCUUGUCAAGAACCCGAAGGUUUUAGAAUUCGAUAACAAGCGCAACUGGUUCAACCGAAGUGUCCACAAUAAACAGCAUGUCAGCCAACGUCCUCACCCGCUAUUACAAUUACAGGUCCGCCGAGAACAAGUUUUCCAUGACUCAUUCAAGUCGCUUUACUUCAAGACAGGCGAAGAGAUGAAGUUUGGUAAACUAAGCAUUAGAUUCCACGGCGAGGAAGGUGUUGACGCCGGUGGUGUCACCAGAGAGUGGUUCCAGGUUCUCGCACGCCAGAUGUUUGACGCCAACUAUGCCCUAUUCGUUCCCGUUUCAAGCGACCGCACGACAUUCCACCCCAACAAGCUAAGUGGUAUCAACGAUGAACAUCUCAUGUUCUUCAAGUUCAUCGGACGAAUCAUUGGCAAGGCCCUAUACGAAGGUCGCCUACUCGACUGCUACUUUUCUCGCGCGGUUUACAAACGAAUUUUGGGCAAGCCAGUCUCGGUCAAGGAUAUGGAGUCUUUCGACCCUGAUUACUACAAGUCUCUAUCAUGGAUGCUGCAUAACGACAUCACUGAUAUUAUCACUGAGACGUUUUCGGUUGAGGAUGAUGAGUUUGGUGUUACCAGAAUCCAUGAUCUCAUUGAAAAUGGCCGCAAUGUACCUGUCACGGAGGAAAAUAAGCACGACUAUGUGCGUCUAGUAGUCGAACAUAAGCUUCUGACUUCGGUCAAGGAUCAGAUGGAGCAUUUCUUGAAAGGUUUCCACGAGAUCAUUCCCGCCGAACUUAUUUCCAUCUUCAACGAACAAGAGCUAGAGUUGUUGAUCUCGGGUCUACCUGAUGUUGAUAUCGACGACUGGAAGAGUAACACAGAGUACCACAACUAUACGCCGUCUUCCCCGCAGAUCCAGUGGUUCUGGAGGGCAGUACGAUCGUUCGACAAGGAAGAGCGCGCCAAGCUUCUUCAAUUCGUCACGGGAACCAGCAAAGUACCACUCAAUGGCUUCAAGGAGCUCGAGGGUAUGAACGGAAUCAACCGAUUCAACAUCCACCGUGAUUACGGGAACAAGGACCGUCUACCAAGUUCCCACACGUGCUUCAACCAGCUCGAUCUUCCCGAAUAUGAAAGUUACGACAUUCUCCGUCGACAAGUCCUCAAGGCCAUUACAGCUGGUAGCGACUACUUUGGAUUCGCCUAAAUGACCAGACGAAUCAAGGUUACACAGACAGACAGACAGACAUCACAACACGGUCAUAAUAUACCACCCCGUCAUGAGUGUAUCGUUUUGUACGGCAUAGAAGAAUGAGGCAAGGAGGCAAGGCGUGCAUUUUCCCCUUCUUAGUUGGGAGCAUUUUUUUUCUUUGGUGGAUUCACGAAUUCGCGUAAGAUUCGGCAUAUAGGACUUUACGAGGGGAGCCGCGUCAACGGAGUGCAGGCCAAUGGCGUCGGCUCACCUACCUGAGCCUUUGCCACGAAAACCCUUUCACCAUAGCAUGUGUAGAUUAGGGUUCAGCUAUAGUAAUGAUCGCUUUACCAUUAUAAAAGUUUGAGAUCUUAA